AUGGCGGGACUUUCACAAGAAGAUCGCAACAUUGUCGAGAACCAUCCUCUAACCAACUUAGUCGAUCGUUUACGAGAAGCGCUUCAGGAAGCCGAAAGAAUAUAUGAGUCGCGUCUAAUUUCCUACGAUGGCGCUGUUGAUAACCUUGGCCAACUCUAUCAAAAUGUGAUUUCAAAACUUGUCUAUACUUUACAGGGAGAGGGUGCAGCCUACAGCCUUCCCUCGCGGAUAAAUGAUGGAAAUAUGGCGUCUGAUCUAGCACAAUUAUUCGAGCGCCUCCAAAAGGCAAAAGGAAACUUCAGGUACGACGACUACCAGCCGCUGGUGCACCUGGUUAUUCAAAGGCCUCCCAUUGAAUCCCAGAAUGCCAAAACCUGGAACUUCGAUGUCUGGAAAGCUGUAUUUACCCUCAUUGACACCAUCCCUCGAACAACACCACCGGCGAGCGUUCCCCCCUCCUAUGACGGCACACCAGUCAAAUCCACAUCGUCGUCACAGAAAGGCUCCGAGCAGACGCGUGAUUUGGUGAAUCCGAGAAUCUUCGAGGAGAUACGUGGCUGCACCUUUCGAGACGUCGAGGGCUUCUUCGACAAGUACUUUGAGGGAAAAGACUGGAGCGGCAAAGCAGAUGCCAUCUGUCGACGCGUGCUGGGCCCAGACAGCGAAGGUAACUGGGCCCUGUUCCCUGAUCCUCCGACGCAGAACGACGUCCUUGACUGGUGGCUUCGUCUUCAAGAAGAUAUUCUCUCACAAUCACGCAGCACCUACUACUCCACGGCGAGCAAAGCAGAUCUUACCGGUUCGAAAGCGGAACGGCAAGUCGACCUCAUCAUUCAAUGA